UAAAAUUCCACGAAAAACACAAUGAAUAGCCUUAUUGGCUGAGACGACUUACUUCCUGCUUACUACAAUUAUAUAAACCUAUGAAUCUAAAAUCAUUUUAUUCAUACCAACGAGAGAACUUGAAGAUUCAUAUCCCCAAAUUUAAAUCUCCCAACAAACUUACUCAGCUGAGAACCUUAAAACUCAAACUUAUCCAACUGAAAACUUCUGAUUCAAGACAUGGAUGUAAAUAAGAUUAUAAGCAAGAUUCAGAAUGGAGACUUUGAAGAUGUGAAACGACUUAUCAAAGAAAAUCCUGAUCAAGUCAACCAAAAAGGUUCAGACAGUAAAACUUUCUUAAUGGCGGCUUGUGAACAGGGCAGCACAAGUCUAAUAGCCUUCUUGAUAGAAUCUGGAGCCAAUAUAGACAUCAGUGACGAAGGCAAGAAUACAGCAUUGCAUUAUGCUGUGGAAAGCCACGAAACUGAUGCAGUGGCCUUCUUAGUCUCCAGUGGAGCAAAUGUUAAUAAGCAGGACUCAGGGGGCGAAACACCUCUACAUCUGGCUGUGAUGAAUAAAUAUGAAGAUGUAGUCAAAGUCCUGUUAAAUAGCAAAGAAAAUAACAAUUUACAGGUUAAUCAGAAAAAUAAAUUGGGCUGGACAGCUCUGCAUCUUGCCUGUCGCUAUGGAAGCAAGGACGUUGUUGAACUUCUCCUGCAACAUAAAGACACGGAUGUUAAAGCUGUGGAGAACAAAGGUUGGACAGCUCUCCAUUUUGCCUGUCGCUAUGGAAGCAAGGACGUUGUUGAACUUCUCCUGAAACAUAAAGACACGGAUGUUAAAGCUGUGGAGAACAAAGGUUGGACAGCUCUCCAUUUUGCCUGUCAAUAUGGAAGCAAGGACGUUGUUGAACUUCUCCUGAAACAUAAAGACACGGAUGUUAAAGCUGUGGAGGAAGAUCGUUGGACAGCUCUCCAUCUUGCCUGUCGCUAUGGAAGCAAGGACGUUGUUGAACUUCUCCUGAAACAUAAAGACACGGAUGUUAAUGCUGUGGAGAACAAAGGUUGGACAGCUCUCCAUUUUGCCUGUCGCUAUAGAAGCAAGGACGUUGUUGAACUUCUCCUGAAACAUAAAGACACGGAUGUUAAUGCUGUGAAGAACGAAGGUUGGACAGCUCUCCAUCUUGCCUGUCGCUAUGGAAGCAAGGACGUUGUUGAACUUCUCCUGAAACAUAAAGACACGGAUGUUAAUGCUGUGCAGAACGAAGGUUGGACAGCUCUCCAUUUUGCCUGUCGCUAUAGAAGCAAGGACGUUGUUGAACUUCUCCUGCAACAUAAAGACACGGAUGUUAAAGCUGUGGAGGAAGAUCGUUGGACAGCUCUCCAUCUUGCCUGUCAAUAUGGAAGCAAGGACGUUGUUGAACUUCUCCUGCAACAUAAAGACACGGAUGUUAAUGCUGUGACCAAGCAAGGUGACACCCCUCUUCAUAUUGCCUCUACUCGUGGACACAAGGAUGUUGUUGAUUUUCUCCUGAAACAGAAAGGCAUCGAUGUCAAUAAGGUGAACCUCGAGGGUGACACCCCUCUCCAUCUGGCAGUUCAAAACCACAAAACUGAUGUUGUGGCCUUCUUAGUCUCCAGUGGAGCAAAUGUUAAUAAGCAGGACUCAAGGGGCGAAACACCUCUACAUCGCUGUGAGGAGAACUAUGAAGAUGUAGUCAAAGUCCUGUUAAAUAGCAAAGAAAAUAACAAUUUACAGGUUAAUCAGAAAAAUAAAUUGGGUUGGACAGCUCUCCAUUUUGCCUGUCGCUAUGGAAGCAAGGACGUUGUUGAACUUCUCCUGCAACAUAAAGACACGGAUGUUAAAGCUGUGGAGGAAGAUCGUUGGACAGCUCUCCAUUUUGCCUGUCGCUAUGGAAGCAAGGACGUUGUUGAACUUCUCCUGAAACAUAAAGACACGGAUGUUAAAGCUGUGGAGGAAGAUCGUUGGACAGCUCUCCAUCUUGCCUGUCGCUAUGGAAGCAAGGACGUUGUUGAACUUCUCCUGCAACAUAAAGACACGGAUGUUAAAGCUGUGACGAAAGAUCGUUGGACAGCUCUCCAUCUUGCCUGUCAAUAUGGAAGCAAGGACGUUGUUGAACUUCUCCUGCAACAUAAAGACACGGAUGUUAAUGCUGUGACCAAGCAAGGUGACACCCCUCUUCAUAUUGCCUCUACUCGUGGACACAAGGAUGUUGUUGAUUUUCUCCUGAAACAGAAAGGCAUCGAUGUCAAUAAGGUGAACCUCGAGGGUGACACCCCUCUCCAUCUGGCAGUUCAAAACCACAAAACUGAUGUUGUGGCCUUCUUAGUCUCCAGUGGAGCAAAUGUUAAUAAGCAGGACUCAGGGGGCAACACACCUCUACAUCUGGCUGUGAGGAAGAACUAUGAAGAUGUAGUCAAAGUCCUGUUAAAUAGCAAAGAAAAUAACAAUUUACAGGUUAAUCAGCAAAGGAGAGACGGUUGGACAGCUCUCCAUGUUGCCUGUCGCUAUGGAAGCAAGGACGUUGUUGAACUUCUCCUGAAACAUAAAGACACGGAUGUUAAUGCUGAGACCAAGCAAGGUGACACCCCUCUACAUCUUGCCUCUUUUCAUGGACGCAAGGAUGUUGUUGAUUUUCUCCUGCAACAGAAUGGCAUCGAUGUCAAUAAGGUGAACCUCGAGGGUGACACCCCUCUCCAUCUGGCAGUUCAAAAGUAAGUCCCCAAUGGAUUUGGAUUAUCCAAAUCUGUUUCUUUAAUCUUUGUUUUCUUGUUUCGAGUCAUUCAUGUCAUAAUCCCACCAUGGGUCGUCAUGCUUCACCCC